AUUAAACAAAGUCAACGUAGACCAAUACAAAUUGUUAAUUAGGGGAAAGCCGACGUAGCCCAAUUUGGCCUAUAUAUUAAUGAUACAAAGCCCUACGCCUUUUGCUACAAUUAGAAAAUUUCUAUGGUCGCAUAUAUCUCCAUCAAACACUGAACACAACAGAAAACCUUUGUUACUUUUCAAACUAGCUAUCAAUGGAAGCCUCUCUCAUACGUAUCUCUUGUUUCCUUUCUUCAACCGCUACCACCACCACCACCACUUCCUAUCCAACUGCGAUCCACUCUUAUUUCAAAACCUCAAAAACCCGACCCCAUAAAUCAAACUCAAACGUAAUCCUAUGUUGCCAAAGUCAAAACUACAUCCCUAACCAUAUUCAAGACCCUAACCGAGUACGCAUCUUGGAUACCACCCUACGUGAUGGUGAACAAGCACCGGGUGCCUCUAUGUCCCCUAAGCAAAAGCUUGACAUAGCUCAUCAACUUGCAAAACUCGGUGUUGACAUCAUUGAAGUAGGGUUUCCUGCUUCCAACAAAGCCGAUCUAGAAACUGUUAAGUUGAUUGCAUGUGAGGUUGGAAAUGCAGAGGUUAAUCAAAAUGGUCGUAUACCAGUUAUUUGUGGUCUAGCAAGAUGCAAUAAGAAUGAUAUCGAUAAAGCAUGGGAAGCGGUGAAAUAUGCCAAAUUCCCAAGGAUACAUAUUUUUAUAGCUACAAGUGAGAUUCAUAUGAAGUAUAAGUUAAAGAUGUCGAAAGAAGAAGUGAUUGAAAAAGCGAGGACCAUGGUUGCAUACGCUCGAAGUUUGGGCUGUAAUGACGUUCAAUUUAGCCCGGAAGAUGCCGGAAGAUCUGAUAGAGAAUUUUUAUACGAGGUCCUGGGUGAGGCAAUCAAAGCGGGUGCAACUACUCUUUGCAUUCCAGAUACUGUUGGCUAUAACUGGCCUCGUGAAUUUGGUCAGCUUAUUGCUGACAUAAAAGCCAACACCCCUGGAAUUCAGAAUGUCGUCAUUUCUACCCAUUGCCAUAAUGAUCUAGGACUUGCUACUGCCAAUACUUUAGAGGGAGCUUAUUCGGGUGCAAGACAAUUAGAAGUAACAAUAAAUGGAAUCGGGGAGAGAGCUGGGAAUGCUUCUUUUGAAGAGGUGGUAAUGACUAUAAAAAGCAAAGGAGAAUUAUUGGGUGGUCUUUACACUGACAUUAAAACAGAACAUAUUGUUAUGGCUAGCAAGAUGGUGGAAGAGUACAGUGGACUAAGGGUGCAGCCACAUAAGGCUAUUGUUGGUGCUAAUGCUUUUGCUCAUGAAAGUGGAAUCCAUCAGGAUGGGGUUUUAAAGAACAAAAGCACAUAUGAAAUCAUGUCUCCUGAAGAUAUAGGACUUCACCGAUCUAAUGAGUCUGGACUUACACUUGGAAAACUUAGUGGUCGCCAUGCUCUAAAAGCUAAACUUUUUGAGCUUGGUUAUAACUUUGAGGGAAAUGAACUUAAUGAUCUUUUUUGGCGCUUUAAAUCCGUAGCUGAAAUGAAAAAGGUUAUCACUGAUGACGACCUAAUAACAUUGUUAUUCUUUAGGCCCUAUUCUAUGACCUUAUCACCGGACUCUUACACAUUUAUGUCUUGGUUUUUUGUUGAUGAUCAAUGCAUUGAAAACAAGGUCUAGCAACUAGAUUGGAUUCGGGUUGGCGGAUCACAGUUGGCGGGUUGGUGGGUGAGAAAACAUAAAGUUAACCCAACUCAUAUAAUAUAUGAGUUGAUAGGUUGGUAGGUCACGAGUUGGUGGGUUGGAAACCUCAACCCAACCCAACCUAUAUAACUUGUUCAAGUAUAUGGGUUCACAGGUUCAUAAGUUAAUGGGUCAAACCCAACCCAUAUAACUCGUUUAAUAAAUAAGCAACACUUUUUAAAAAAUAGGGUUUUUUCAACAUAAAUUCAUAAAAUGAUUAAAG